AUGAAAUUAUGGGAGAAGCUGAUUGAAUGGUCGAUUGGACAAGACGCCUCCCUGCCCUCUGACCCAUCACUUUGGACCGACGCCAACAUCUCGACCUUUGGAGUUUUGGUCAAACCUUACCUUCAAUAUAUCGAAUUUAGAUCGAUUGAUCCUGAUGUGUUCUUUCAAAGAAUUCGACCAUUCAGAGAGAUCUUGGACGAUAAUUUUUACAUACAGAUCUUGGAAUAUCAUUCAUUCUCGAAAAUUAAGCAAUUCAUGUUCACCAGCAUAGAAAUCGAUUCCAUCAUAAUUUCACCUCAUCACGCGAGAUUAAUUUCCGGAUGGAUUUACGGAGUGAAUAAUGUGUGUAAAAAGAAUAAUCACGAAUUUCGACUGUUGUGUCGAGGAUCUCGAGACGGAUUCACACCAAGGGUAUUUCAUAAAUUGUGCGACGGCAAAGGGCCCACGGUUACAGUGUUAAAAGUGCAAAAGACGGGAGAAAUUUUAGGCGGUUAUAAUCCGUUGAGUUGGAAAUCGGCUUCACCCCACAGGUAUUAUAAAUCGAGAGAAAGUUUUUUAUUUUCCUUGAACUCCGAAGACAUAAAUGACGUCACGGUCAGUAAGGUGGUGGAUGAAAAUCAUGCAACUUAUCAUGAUUCUUCGUUUGGCCCGUGUUUUGGAGCCGGUGAUUCUGAUUUUCAGAUGUUUAGGAAGUUUAAUGUGGACGAGAGGUGUCGAUGCAUUCGUACAAGCUAUGAAAAAAGGAUCAGGCAAUCCGAAGAUUAUUUUUCAGUUGAUGAUUAUGAGAUUUUUCAGGUGUUGUCCAAAGAAUGA